UUGUGUGUUACACGUUACAAGGCCCGGAACACGGUAGUGUUGUGACUGCGAGUGUGUGUGCGAUGCUUGGACGGUGAUCAAAGCAUGGUGAAUUACGUUAACCCGCUCGCCAUGUACCAGGGCAAGGGCGGUCAAUACGGGGCGGGGGGGUGGUAUGGCUGGCAGCAUCAGAACUUCGAAGAGCAGCAGUGGUGCGCUUGGAAUAGCGCGCCGGCGGGAGGAGAAUGGCCUUCGGAUCCUCACCAUUUCAAGCGGGAGCCAGGGGAAAGAGAUGUAGGUGAAAUGCCAUCCCCCGCACGUGGAGACCUGGCCAGUCCAGGAGAAGGCUCUCCUGGAUCGAGGCCGUCGCAGCCGCCGGCACCGCCGCGCUCUCCUUAUGAAUGGAUGAAGAAACCAAGCUAUCAGUCGCAGCCUAAUCCAGUAGGGAAAACCCGCACGAAAGACAAAUACAGAGUGGUCUACAGCGACCACCAACGGCUGGAGUUGGAGAAGGAGUUCCACUACAGUCGGUACAUUACCAUCCGUCGGAAAGCUGAACUGGCCGUCAGCCUGGGACUAUCAGAAAGACAGGUGAAAAUAUGGUUUCAAAACCGACGCGCAAAGGAGCGAAAACAGGUGAAGAAACGUGAAGAAGUGGUAAUGAAAGAUAAAGGAGACCACGCAUCCCUUCAACACGCGCAACUGCACCACGCCACGAUGUUACACCACCAGCAGAUGAUGAACGGUAUGAUGCAUCAUCAUCACUACCACCAAGGGGUGCUUCAGGGGGUGCCCGAGCCCUUAGUCCCCGGGGUGCCACCGGUUCCCCUCCUGUGACCGCAACAAGACUACUGUGCUCAUAGUGACACAUAUGGAUAGUGAUUAGUGACCAACCCAGUGAUUUUACGUGAAUUUUUGCCCAUCGGGGGUGUUACAUUAUAAUUAUGCUUUUGCAUUGAAUUUUUUACACUUGAAUAACGAACUUGUGAUAAAUAGUGCAAUAUCCUUACGAGACUUUUUCGUGCGGAUAAUUCUGGUAUGUAAUUGUAUGCAUUAUAGUAACUACCAUCUUUAAAUCUCCCCAGAGGAGAACACCUUGGUGUCUGGGCUUUUUCCAUUAAUGAACAUCAUAUUAUUUUUAAUCCUAAGUACGUGAGUGGUUUGUUUAUUAAUUUUAUUACAUUCUCGCUAAAAAAGCUCAUUUUAAAUCAUGAAUUGGUUCGAGACUUCGCAUAGUUAGUUAAUAUUAAUCCGCGAAGAUAACCUUUCUAAAUAUAUAAGCUUGAUAUAUUUGAUGUAUUUCAAAAUAAAAGACUACCGCUUCACGAAUUCACAUCUUUAAUUUGUAUCUUAAUUGGAAAAGUCUUGAUCCAAGAGUCGAAAACGCCCUUUAUUGCCUUUUAAAUGCUAAAACUUUAAAAUUAGUAGGUGCAUCUUAAACGGUCUCGCAAUUAGGCUUUGGCCUAAUAUUAUCUACUAAAUAGACUAAGGCUAUUUUUAAUUUAAAAGGAUUUUGUCACUGUAAAUAUAGAAUACUAUAUUUUUAUAUUAUUAUAGUUAAUAAGUAUUAUUAAAAUUGAUUGUUUUAACGGAUUUACAUAUAUUUCUCGAUGUUGCCAAUGAUGUUAAUGAGAUUAAUUUUCAAUGUAAAAUAUUUGGUGAUGCCUGCAAUAAUAAAGAAUCCAAUUUUGAAUUUGAUUUAUUGCUACUUAUUUGCUUAAUGUAGGUCUAUAGAAAUGAUCGGCAAAUUAAUGUAGGUAUAUAAAAUUAUAUAAUAGUUUAUAUAAGAAUCUCAUUUAACUUAAUAAAAUCAUAAACCGCGUCCAUAUAGCUUUAUGGCACAUUUAUAGCGUUUUCAUCGGUAGCGUUGAGAAAUAAGUAAAUAUUUUAUACUAUAAAUGAGAUUAUUCCUAGUUUAAAAGGUUCUGUAAAUAAAAUGUAGGGUAUAAAUUGCUUAAAAUAGUCGUAAUUUUUCUCAGUUGCAAUGACUUUAACACUGAAAAUUAAACACUAAGUCAUUACUUACGUAAUAAUUUUAUGAAUCCACGUUUUAAUAUUCCGACUGUGUAGUUUAUAAAUUACUUAAACAUCGAUUUAUUUUUGACUUUUUCUAUGAUUCGUUGUAAUAAUAUUUACGAUUUCUUAUUUAUUGAUCGAUUGGUGUUCAUGAAAGAAUAAUUGUUUGUCGUUUUGUUUUGUGAUGCAGUCGUAAGAUUGUAUUGUGGUGCUAAUUGUAGGUUCUAUAUGCAGUUUUCUUUUUUUUUACUAUUUUUUUUUUAUUUGAAAAUAUCUAAGCAAUAGUCGAAAGGGUAAUUAAUGUAACUAUAUGCUUAUUGUAAUACUUAUAUAAUACCUUACUGCUGUUGGUAUAACUAUGUUAUGUUUAUAAUAUUGAGUAAUGUUUGUAAACACAGUGUUAAUUAGUAGAUUUGUACGAAGCACCGUCACGAAACACCUUUGAUAAACUAAAUAAAUCCAUGUUAAUCUGAUUAA